CGCAGUCCGAAGUGCAGAAGCGGGUGUUCGGUCGUGUGCAGUGUGCACUUGAAACAUGUCUGCAGGCAGAGAAGGAGACGAUCUGUACUUCUACAUCAACGGGAAAAAGGUAACGGAGAACCAUGCAGACCCUGAGAUGACGCUCCUAUCCUUCCUCAGAGAGAAACUGAGGUUAACCGGGACCAAGUUUGGCUGUGGCGGCGGAGGCUGCGGUGCGUGCACAGUCAUGGUAUCUCGCUAUCGACCUGCCACCAAAGAAAUCAUACAUUACUCGGCCAACGCCUGCCUGCUGCCGCUCUGUCAGCUCCACGGAGCCGCAGUCACCACGGUGGAGGGCAUAGGCAGCACCAAGACCAGGAUUCACCCCGUGCAGGAGCGAAUAGCGAAGGCCCACGGCUCCCAGUGUGGCUUCUGCACUCCGGGGAUGGUGAUGUCCAUGUACACCCUGCUGAGAAACAGACCCCAGCCCACCAUGGAGGACAUCACCGAGACUCUGGCUGGUAAUCUGUGUCGGUGCACCGGAUAUCGCCCUAUCAUUGAUGGAUGCAGGACCUUCUGUCAGGAAACCAACUGCUGCCAAACCAAUGGAUCGGGAAACUGUUGCCUCGAUGGAGGGAAAAGUACUGAGGAACCAGAGCAGGAAAAGCCACAGUUGUUUGACAGGGAAGAGUUUUUGCCGCUGGACCCGACGCAGGAGCUGAUUUUCCCCCCUGAACUGAUCCUGAUGGCAGAGACGGCGAGCCCACGGACGCUCACCUUCCACGGGGAGAGGACAAGCUGGGUGUUCCCCACCUCUCUGGAGGAGUUGGUCCGGCUGAAGACCAGUAACCCUGAAGCCCCGCUGGUCAUGGGCAACACCAACAUAGGUCCAGAAAUAAAGUACAAAGGUGUCGUGCAUCCGCUGAUAAUAUCUCCGACCAGAGUCACGGAGCUGUUCGAGGUCACUCAAACACCACAGGGAGUUUGGUUGGGAGCGGGCUGCAGUUUGUCCGAGGUCCGGUCUCUUUUGGAGAAGCUGGUGCCUCAGUUUCCAGACGAGAAGACCGAACUCUUCAAGGCCCUGAUCCAGCAGCUGGGGAACCUGGGAAGCCAGCAGAUCCGCAAUGUAGCAUCUCUUGGAGGCAACAUCAUGAGCGCGUAUCCUAAUUCAGACCUGAACCCUGUCUUGGCUGCGGGCAACUGCAAACUGAGCGCCAUUUCCAGUGGAGGAAGACGAGAAGUUUCUCUGAAUCAGGACUUCUUUGUGAGCUUUGGGAAAACCGUCCUGAAACCGGAAGAGAUUGUUGUCUCUGUUUUCAUUCCCUUUUCCAGAAAGUGGGAGUUUGUUCGAGCGUUCCGUCAGGCUCCGAGGAAGGAGAGCUCCUUCGCCACCGUGACGACGGGGAUGCGGGUCUUUUUCUCCGAGGCAUCUCGGGUGGUUCAGGACAUCAGUAUUUACUACGGAGGAAUGGGACCGACGACAGUCAGUGCUGCCAGAACCUGCAAAGCUCUUAUCGCGAGGCCAUGGGACGAUGAAGUCCUCAGCCGGGCCUAUGACGUCCUCCUGGACGAGUUGGCCCUCCUCCCUUCGGAGCCCGGAGGAAAAGUGGAGUUUCGGCGAUCCCUGACUCUCAGCUUCCUCUUCAAGUUUAACCUGGAGAUCUUGCAGAAGCUCCGGGAAGCGGUUGGACUGUGCAGUAGUUUAAAAAAAAGAACAAAAAGAGUUUGCUUUGUUGCUUUUUCUUUGCAGAAUGUGAUCACGGAUGAGCUUCCUGAGAAGAUCCGGCCUUUACCCAGAGAGAUCCAACCCAGCCUGCAGGAGUUCCAGCAUGUGCCAAAGCUCCAGAGCGACCUGGACCCCGUGGGGCGUCCCAUCAUGCAUCGCUCCGCCAUCAGCCAGGCCACGGGUGAAGCUGUGUACUGCGACGACGUCCCCAGAACGGACGGGGAGCUCUCCCUGGCUCUGGUUACCAGCUCUCGAGCGCACGCUAAGAUCACGGGGCUGGACGCGAGCGAGGCCCUGCGGAUUCCCGGCGUUGUUGAUGUCAUCACGGCCAAAGAUAUUCCUGGGACGAAAGUCCUUACGAUGUUUGGAUAUGAUGAGGAGCUCCUCGCUGAGAAAGAGGUGUCGUGCGUCGGUCAGAUUGUCUGCGCAGUGGUCGCGGACACAAGGGCGCACGCCAAACAAGGCGCAGCAGCCGUGAAGGUCAGCUAUGAGGACCUGCCGGACCCUAUUUUCACCGCAGAGGAAGCCAUCGAGAAGUCGUCUUUCUUCGAGCCACGGAGGAUGAUCGAGAAAGGAAGCGUAACCGAGGCCUUUAAAAGUGUUGAUCGUGUUCAUGAAGGAGAGAUUCGAGUGGGUGGCCAGGAGCACUUCUACAUGGAGACUCAGAGUAUGCUGGUCAUUCCCAUCGGCGAGGAGACGGAGUUCAACGUCUACGUCUCCACCCAGUGGCCGACUUUUACUCAGGGCACAGUCGCAAAAAUGCUGGGCAUCCCGUCAAACAGAGUCACCUGCCAUAUCAAAAGGAUCGGCGGAGCGUUCGGAGGGAAGAUAACUAAAACCUCCAUCCUGGCUUCGAUCGCCUCUGUGGCUGCUUGGAAGACCAAUCGUGCAGUCCGCUGUGUCCUGGAUCGAGGUGAGGACAUGCUGAUCACAGGGGGUCGUCACCCUCUCCUGGGCAGGUACAAGGUGGGUUUCAUGAACGACGGGAGCAUUGUGGCUGCAGAUAUCCAGUGCUACAUCAAUGCUGGAAACGCUGUGGACGAAUCUAUUCAGGUCACUGAGAAGAUUCUGCUGCACAUAGACAAUGUUUACAACAUCCCCAACUUGCGAGCCAGCUGCGCUGCCUGCAGGACCAACCUGCCCUCCAACACUGCCUUCAGGGGCUUCGGCGUGCCCCAGAGCUUAAUUGUCAUUGAGAACAUUGUCGAUAAUGUGGCUGCGGUGCUGGGACGCCCCGCAGACCAGAUUCGAGAGAUCAACAUGUACAAGGGGAAGUCCGUCACCCACUACAAGUUUGAGUUCAGCCCGGAGAACAUGCUGCGCUGCUGGGACGAGUGCAAGGCCAAGUCUGACUACAGCGCCCGCCGCAGAGACGUCGAGCAGUUUAACCAGCAGCACCGCUGGAAGAAGAGAGGGUUGUCCAUCGUCCCCAUUAAAUAUGGCAUCGCGUUUGCCGAGGCCUUCUUAAAUCAGGCUGCUGCUUUGGUCCACAUCUAUACAGACGGCUCUGUUCUGGUCACUCAUGGCGGGGCGGAGAUGGGUCAGGGGAUCCACACGAAAAUGCAGCAGGUUGCAAGCCGGGAGCUUCACAUCCCGCCCUCUCAGAUCUACAUCAGCGAAACCAGCACCAGCACGGUUCCCAACACCUGCCCCAGCGCCGCGUCCUUCGGCACCGACUCCAACGGCAUGGCAGUCAAGAACGCAUGCCAGACUCUGUUCCAGCGACUGCAGCCGAUCAGGGAGAAGUACCCCAAAGGAUCAUGGAAAAGUUGGGUCAAUGCAGCGUUUUUUGAGAAAAUCAGUUUAUCAGCCACUGGAUUCCACAGGGGUCCCGACCUUCACAUGGACUGGGACAAGAUGGAGGGUCAGCCCUACGCCUACUACGUGUUCGGAGCGUGCUGCUGCGAGGUGGAGCUAGACUGCCUCACAGGGGACUCCAGGACCGUCAGGACAGACAUUGUGGCCGACAUCGGCAGGAGUUUGAACCCCUCCGUGGACAUCGGGCAGAUUGAAGGAGCGUUCAUGCAGGGUUUGGGUCUCUACACUCUGGAGGAGCUGAAGUAUUCCCCCUCUGGGCUCCUGUACACCCGGGGUCCCUCUCAGUACAAGAUCCCCGCGGUGUGCGACAUGCCGCUUCAAUUCAACGUCUAUCUGCUGUCUGACUCCCACAAUCCCCACGCCAUCUACUCCUCGAAGGGUAUCGGAGAGCCCAUCCUCUCCCUGGGCAGUACGGUGUUCUUCGCCAUCAAAGAGGCCAUCGCCGCGGCUCGCUCAGAAUCCGGUCUAGUCGGCCCUUUUCCCCUAGACAGCCCCGCCACACCAGAGAGGGUCUAUCUGGCCUGUGCCUCACCGUUCACUCAGAAGAUUCCAGUCAGCAAACCAGGAUCUUUCAAACCAUGGGCCUUAAACAUCUAAAACUGGAUUCUUUUGCUUUUUUGUGGUCAAACUAAAUCUAGAUUGACUGUAGACUAAAUGUAACAAAUAAUAAUUACCUAGUACAGUUAUCAUAUGAAUAUGCCAUGAAAUAAUUUUUACAUAUAAUUAAAAUACCAACAAUAUGUGAACUGAAUGCAUUAAAGCAUCAAAUCUCAAAUGUAUAACAGAAUAAAUAAUUAUAUAUGCAGCAAA